AAUUUUCAUUUUAAUUUUCAUUUUUAUUUAUUAUUAUUAUUGAUAUCCAUUUAUAAUAUAAACGAUUGAUCAUCCAUGAGUAUAAGAUCGCAUUGUUUAAUAAGCAAAGAUUUAUCUUUCACACCUUACGAUGUAAAAUGGAUCCCGCUUUCAUCCAGAUUAUGUGUCCUUGGUGUGACAAAUCAGGGAACAGGCAAAUUGGGGGUUUAUGGACUUUCAGGCAAACAUGUCGAAUUAAAAACUGAGACAGAGACAACCUCUGCAUUACGUUGUGGAACGAUAACAGGGCAAAAUAGACAUCUAGCAACUGGUGAUUUUGAUGGUCAAUUACAAGUUUGGGAUACUCAACGUUUUGACAUUCCACUUGUAACUUUUAAAGCUCAUGAGAGCAUCAUAAACUCGAUCGAUGGAUUUAAUCAACCUAAAGAGUCACAAGAACUCAUUACUGGCAGCCGCGAUGGCUUAGUGAAAGUUUGGGAUAUUCGACAGCCAGAAAAAUCAGUUUUAACUAUUAAAUCUAACAAGACAAAGGACAUUUGGGCUGUUACCUUUGGUCAAUUAAGAGGACAAAAAGUAAUUGCGGUCGGAUAUGAGGAUGGUGAUAUUAAAUUGUUUGAUGUGAAUGGAUCAAAAUAUUUAUGGGAAACACAUGUAAAAGAUGGAGUUUGUUGUAUUGAAUUUAAUAAAGAACAGCUUUUAGUUAGUACAAUAUCAGGUGCAUAUAUCAUUGAAAUAGAAACAGGCAAAAUAACAGAAAUACCAUCAAUUACAAAAGAAAAUACAACACUAUGGUCUAUUCGACAUGUACCACAACAACCAACUUAUUUUACCGUAGCUGGAGGAGAUGGAAAUCUUUCAACUUUUAAUCUUCAAGAACCAUUUACAAAACCCAUAGAUGUACUUAAUUUAUCAAAGCAUCCAAUUAUUUCUUUAGAUUGGCAUAAAGAUAAAAAAGGUUUAUUUACAUGUAGUUCAUUUGAUCAGUCCAUUAAAAUAGGCAUGUUUGAAAAUAUAUAA